AGAUCCCUCCGCCAGGUAACUGCCGCCCAAACUACACCGGAAGCGACGCCGGCCGCGCGCACAGGACUCAGCACCGGGUCCACAGGGUCGAGCAGCGGGACCGGAGGAAUGAAGCCCCGGCACCGAGCCAGCCCAUAGGUCGCUCCGGUUCCAUCGGUCGCGGUUCAGGUGCGCCGGGUCCACCUCGACCCGGAUCCGGAUCCACCGGAUAAACCACUUCACGGAGCAGCGGGACGAGAUCGUAGCCCCAGACUGAGCCGGUCCCCGGAUUGCGUGCAGCGCCGCGCUCGGCCACAGGGGGCGAGCCUGAGCCGCCCCGUCCGCAGCGUCCUCCUCGUCAUGGACACGGACACCGAGGACACCCCGGGGUGCUACCGCAACCGCUCCAUCAGGUUCUUCUACGAGAAGAGCGGCAAGAACAUCAGCGACCACUGGCGCAGCCGCGACUACGUGAUCGUGAGCCUGGGCAUGGCGGUCUGCUUCAUCGUCAUCUUCUCCAACCUGCUGGUCAUCGCCGCCAUCUUGAAGAACCGCCGCUUCCACUUCCCCAUCUACUACCUCCUGGGGAACCUGGCUGUGGCGGACCUGUUCUCAGGCGUGUCCUACCUGCACCUGAUGCUGCACACGGGCCCCUGGACCAUCAAGCUCACCAAGUACCGCUGGUUCGUGCGCCAGGGCCUGGUGGACACCAGCCUGACGGCGUCGGUGCUCAACCUGCUGGCCGUGGCCGUGGAGCGCCACCAGACCAUCUUCAACAUGCAGCUGCACAGCCACAUGAGCGCGCGCCGCGUGCUCAUGGUCAUGGUGCUGAUCUGGCUGGGCGCCAUCCUCAUGGGCCUGGUGCCCACCAUGGGCUGGCACUGCCUGUGCGACCUGGACCGCUGCUCCACCAUGGCGCCGCUCUACAGCCGCAGCUACCUGGUGUUCUGGAGCGCGCUCAACCUGCUCACCUUCUCCGUCAUGGUGGCCGUCUACACGCGCAUCUUCAUCUACGUGCGGCGCAAGAGCCGCCAGAUGGCGCCGCACACCAGCGCGCCGGCCAGGGACCCGGUGCUGGGCCUCAUGAAGACCGUCUCCAUGAUCCUGGGCUGCUUCGUGCUGUGCUGGACCCCCGGCCUGGUGAUCCUGCUGCUGGACGGCCUGGGCUGCGAGCGCUGCAACGUGCUGCAGUAUGAGAAGUACUUCCUGGUGCUGGCGGAGUGCAACGCGCUGGUGAACCCCGUCAUCUACUCCCUCAGGGACCGCGACAUGCGCAGCACCUUCAGGGCCCUGCUGUGCUUCCCCUGCAGGCGGGGCCGGGACCCCCAGAGCGGCUCCGGGGUCCACUUCAAGUCCAUGGAGCAGGAGAGGUCCCGCGUUGCCGAGGCGAUGGACGAGAGCAACGGGACGCUUCUCAUCACCGGAGCCUCAGAGACCUGAAGGACUCAUGGAGACCCUCUGGUCCAGACCUGCAGGUCUACAGGAGCUCUGGUCCAGACCUUCAGGUCUACAGGAGCUACCUGGACUCGUGCGUUCGAGACCGAAGCCAUCCGACGUUUGUUUGCUGUGUCUCUGUUAUUUUGUCCACCCAGGAGGAUUUGCCACCGGAGCUGAAGACACGUUCUGGACCCGGUGGUCUGGGUCAAAGGUCGAUCAUGACCGUUGUAUUCCUCAGGCCAUGAUUAUUAAUAAUCAUUACAUGUUAAUAACAUGUUAAUAACAUGUUAUUUACACGUUAAUAACAUGUUAUUAACACGUUAUUAACACGUUAUUCACAUUAGAUGAGGGUUCGUGGUUCAAGGUUUUAAAGAUAUUUAAUGUUUAUGAAUGUUUGAUGUUUUUUGAUCCUCCACAAAGUGAAGACGCUCUGAUUCAGUUCCUACAAUGCAGCAGUUUUAUCUUGCAUCUCUGCAACGACAUCAUCAGUGACAUAUGUAUAUCAUACAUAUGUCAUAUAUAUAUAUAUGUGUGUGUGUGUGUAUAUACAUAUGUAUAUGUUUGUAUGUACAGAUGUUGAUAUUAAAUGAAUUUGAGUUUCUUCAUCAGGAUAAAAUCCCAAAUAGUUUGUGAUGGUUUCUGUAAAUAUGAAAAUAAUAACUUUAUAUUCACAUUAAAGUUCUUAGAAACUC